UCCCUCUCUCAAUUUCUCUCUCCCUAUAUCUCUCCCCCUCUCUCAACCAAGACUCUAAAUAAGAACCACACUCCAAAAAAACGCAUAGAAGAAAAAUUGGAGACAGCCCAAGACAAAGAAGCGAAACCGCAAGAAUAGUGCCUGCAGAGAGAAAUCUCCAUCUCCAUCUCCAUCUCCAUCAUCCUCCUUUCAUGGCCGUUGAAGCUCGCCAUCUCCAUGUCUUCCCUUCCCAACUCAUUGCCAGUCGGGAGAUGUUGAAUCCUAUUGAAGCAAAUGUCAAUCCCAUCAGUGCCCAGAUGGGUUACUCCUCUGUUCUGCCAUUAUCCGGCACCACCACUGCCACGGAGACGCCUCUCGCGGCGGCUGCAGCUUACAAUUCUUUGAUCGUCGAUUCCGUUCCUCAGAAAAACACAAUGAAAUCUGAAAGCGGCCUCACCACCUAUAACGUCCCCGUUCCAAGAAAGCGAUCAAGGGAUUCGAUCAAUUACCCUCUUCUUUCCUACCCAGUCUCUACUCAGACUCAUAAGAAUUGUGGCUUUUUCUCGUUUCUUGGCGAAGACAUUUCUCUCCAGAUUCAUCAACAGCAACUUGAUAUCGACCGCCUCAUUUCCCAGCACAUGGAGAAAGUGAGGAUGGAAUUGGAGGAGAAACGGAAGAGGCAGGCGAGGAGGAUAAUAGAAGCAAUCGAGAUUGGGAUGAUGAAGAGGCUGAAAGCGAAGGAGGAAGAGAUAGAGAAGAUGGGCAAACUAAACUGGGCUCUGGAAGAGCGAGUCAAGUCCCUGUGCGUCGAAAACCAAAUAUGGCGCGAUUUAGCACAGACCAACGAAGCCACCGCCAAUGCCCUCCGCACAAACCUCGAGCAAGUAUUAGCCCAAGUCAGGGACGACCGUACCCGCGCCGCCGCCGAUGAUGACAACGAGGACGCAACCGUCGCCCCCGCUGGACCAGCACCACACCUGCACGACGCUGAAUCAUGCUGCGGCAGCACGGGCGGCGGAGACGAAGAAGAAGACGACGCAAAUAACAUCCAAACAAGACAAGGGACGAUGACGAUGGAAGGUUGUUGGCGCUCGGUAGCAGGGUGCGGGGCGGUGAAGGAUAAGGACGAAGAAGGUACAAGUAAUGGUGGUGGUGGCAGUAACAAGAACAGUGCAAGAUUGUGCAGGAACUGUGGGAAAGAGGAAUCGUGCGUUCUGAUCUUGCCGUGCAGGCACCUCUGCCUCUGUACUGUUUGUGGGUCUACCGUCCACACUUGUCCCGUCUGUAAAUCCUUCAAAAAUGCAAGUGUCCAUGUCAACAUGUCCUGAAAUUUACUACACACACCCAAAAACAAAAUGUUCACCUACAAAUCAAACAGUGAAUGAGAAACUCCAAAUUGCAAAGAAACAAAAGAAAAAAGUCCCAGAAUUUCCUUCUUUCUUUCA